AUGAUUUUACUCGAAGUUCAUAAUCGUAUAAUCGAAGAAUUAUUAACGGUACAAAUUGAAACAUUUUUACGAAAAGAAAAAUUAGUUGAAGUAAAAACUGAUGUUGUUGAUUUCGAUGGUGCUAUGUAUCAUGUAACAAGUUCACGUGAUAAACCAUUUAUUGUUAGCAUUAAACUAAAAUUUUAUCGUGAUUUAGAACAAUAUGGUACUGAUGAUGUUCUUCGUCGUGAAUAUGGUGAUUUACUUGUUACACCUUUAGAAGGUUAUAAUGUAACAUUAUCAUUGGAUUUUAAUACUCAACUACCAAAAGGUGACACUAAUGAAGUCUGGUUACCAUUAGUUCGUAAAAUCGCAAUGCUCAAAAGAAAUUGUUUUGCUGCUGUCUUUGAAAAAUAUUUUGAAUUUCAAAGUAAACAAGAAACUAAAACAGAAACUCAUAAACGAGCUGUUAUACAUUAUCGUGAUGACGAAACAAUGUAUGUUGAUGCAUCAUCUGAUCGCGUUAUUGUAAUCUUUUCAACUGUUUUUAAAGAUCCGGAUGAUAAUAUUAUUGGUCGCGUUUUCAUGGAAGAAUUUAAAGAACGAAGACGCCAAUUUCAACAAGCACCACAGGUGAUUGUUAGUUAUCGUACGCCACCGGAAGAAUUAAAAGAUAUGCCUGAUGCACGUACAGGAGAUAAUAUUGGCUAUUUAACUUUCGUACUUUUUCCGCGUCAUACAAAAGUAGCCGAACGUGAUAAUACAAUAAAUCUUAUUCAUACACUCCGAAAUUAUUUCCAUUAUCAUAUAAAAUGUUGCAAAGCAUAUUUACAUGCUCAUAUGCGUCAUAAAACGAAUGAAUUUUUAAAACGUCUUCAACUAGCUCGACCAGAGGUUAAAAAGAGUUUUCGACGUAUUGGAAACAAUGCAGGCGAUGCACCAGCUGCGACAGAAUAA